GCCUGAUGAGCUGGCUCCAGGAUUUCAGAGACCUCUGCCCUCAGCCAGACCUCUUGCAAGCAGGAAGGAACCUCCCCCAACAACCACGGAUUACGCACCGGAAAUGUCGUCGUGGCUGCGUCGGAUACGGAAGUGAAGGUUUAAGAGCAGCGAGCGGCGCGAGGGGAAAAAAAGCCAUGGCGACCGACUCGUCUCUGCUCAACUCUGAGCUGCAGCUGCAGCAGCAGGAGGAGCUGCAGCAGCAGGAGGAGCUGUAUCAGCAGCUGCUGUUACAGACGAUGGGUCAAAUGCAAACUGAAAAUCCAGAUUCCACAGUAAUUAGACCUCAACCUGGCAUGUGCGUGAAGACUGUCACAGAGCCAGACAAGCAGAAGGUCUUUGUUAACAUCUGUCAGUCAAACUCAGUCCCGCCUCCCCCUGAACUCUCUAGAGAGGAGCUCGUGGAGCUGCUGCAAUCAGAAGAUCCCAGUGGCUACAGAGUUCCCAUGAGCCUCGGCGAGCCGCACACAGAAGUAGAUAACAACUCUCAGGGUUGCACAGCUUACGACGUGGUCAUCAACCAGGAGUUUUUCCAGAUGUGUCAGAAGGAUCCUUUGUUCCAGCAGUUUGUUAUUCUGGUGUCUUUGGAGGGUCUGGAGAACAAAUACAACCUCGAGCUGAGCAGAGAAUGGAAGGUGUUGAAGAACAGGAAGUUUUUGGGAUCUGUCGGUGAGCAGAACAUCCGCAAAACCAGCAAACCGGUGAUUCAGGAGCUGCCGCCUCAAGGAAGCUCCACUUCCGCGGCCAAAAGACCAGAGUUCACUUUGCUUGUGGAGCCCCCUGCUGGUGAACCCGAGUAUCUCAUUGCUGAAAUAAAGCUACCGGGGGUGCCAUCGUGUCGCUCUCUGGUUCUGGACGUGGGAGAAGAUCGACUGGUGUUGACGGCCCGGCCCUCGCUCUUCCAUCUGGACAUCUUCCACCCCUUCCUCGUCGACCAGGAGAACAGUGUCUCACAGUACAACAAGAAAACCCAGAUUCUGACCGUCACUAUGCCUGUGGUGUCAUCAUGAAACGGAAGAACUGAUGUCAAGUUAUUUAUUUAUGUUGUGUUUAAAAAUGAUGAAAUAAAAGAGACGUUUAAAAAAAA